CUGUAGUGCUCAACCAGAUGUUCCUCAUCCUGCAGCCAGCCUGUUGCACUACAGGAGACGUUUGCCGCAUCGGUUUGUCUGAGAGGUCUCCAUCGGUCAGCUAAGCAGGCUGGAAGGAGGCCCUAGAACCAGCCUGUUGAGGAGGCUAUCUUCCAGGAAUUCUUCGUGGUGCAACAACAAUCACCCUCCCCAGGAGGCCAAUCAAAUGGGUGGCAAUGACAGUGGGCCAGGCCGGCUACACCGCAGACUCUCUCGUCUGGGCAGCAGGUACCAGGCCAGGGACCGACCCAGACCUCAACCUCAGCCGGAUAGACCAGCAGCUUCACCUAACAGACCGGCUCCUCAAGAUCGCCAAGAUGACAGACCCUCCGUACCAGUCCCAGCUCCAAAUCCAUCUCCAGCCGUAAAGCCUCCAGCUCUGGCACCCAUAGAGGCACCCCCCACCCAACCAGACCGAUUGCUGAAGCCAAGCCUUCCCCCCAGGCCCCUGUGCAAGGUGUUUAGCAGCAGUGAACAUGGGGCAGCCAUCUUGCAGGGCCUUCAGACUUUUCGAGGAGACAAGACCCUCUGUGAUGUUAUCUUGGUGCCAGGGGACAGCACAGACACCUUCCCUGUUCACAGAGUCAUCAUGGCCUCAGCCAGUGACUAUUUCAAGGCCAUGUUUACUGGAGGGAUGAGAGAGCAGGAAAUGAGAGAGAUAAAGCUGCAUGGGGUCUGUAAAGCAGGUCUGAAAACCAUCAUUGACUUCAUCUACACGUCCAAAAUCAGUCUGGGCCUGGCCAAUCUGCAGGACACACUGGAGGCUGCCAACUUUCUGCAGGUCCUUCCUGUCCUUGGCUUCUGUAAACAGCUGCUAAGCAGUGAGAUUACUAUUGACAACUGUGUAGAGGUGGAGCGUAUUGCCACAGACCUGUUGUUGGAGGAUGUGCAGGUGAAUGUAGUUGAGUUUGUGAGCCAGAACCUCUCAGAGUUAGUGCGGUGUGGCCGCUAUCUGCAACUGUCAGAGACCAGCAUAGCCAAUGCCCUGGCUAGUGACUCCAUCACAGGCUUCUCUGAAAUGGAGCUGUACCACAUUGUCCAAGCCUGGCUAGACCAUGAUGCCCCAAAACGCCUCUCCUCCAUCUACGCUCUAAUGCGGCAUAUCCGUUUCCCGCUGAUGAGCCCAGUGGAGCUCAUACAGAUCUCUCAGGAUGACCAGGAAGGAGGCAACCCUAUGAUGCGCUCCAAAACAGCCUGUGUCAACCUGCUGCUGGAGGCCAGUAAUUACCAGAUGAUGCCCUUUCUUCAGCCGGCCCUCCAGAGCGAGCGCACACGAAUACGCUCAAAUGCCACACAUCUGCUGGCACUGGGCGGGGUGAUGAGGCAGCAGUUGGUGGUCAGCCGAGAACUGAGGCUUUACGAUGAGGACAUCGGCCACUGGAGGGCACUGAGACCCAUGGAUGUGCCACGAUACCAGCAUGGUGUUGCCCUGCUGGGAGGCUUUCUCUUCAUUGUCGGAGGCCAGAGCACCUAUGACACCAAGGGCAAGACAGCAGUGGACAGCGCCUACCGCUAUGACCCUCGCUUUAACACAUGGCUUCAGAUAGCCUCACUCAAUGAGAAGAGGACCUUCUUCCACCUUAGUGCCCUCAAGAGGAAGCUCUAUGCAGUCGGGGGCAGGAAUGCCUCAGGAGAGAUCGACACAGUGGAGUGCUAUGACCCGAAGAAGAAUGAAUGGACGUUUGUGACAUGCAUGGUAGCGCCCCACUAUGGACAUGCUGGAACAGUACACGGGGAUCUCAUGUAUGUCUCAGGUGGCAUCACCAGGGACACUUUCCAAAAGGGGCUAUGGUGUUACAAUCCGGAGGCCAAUGAGUGGAGCCAGCGGGCAGACAUGACCGAGCUCCGUGGCCUACAUUGCAUGUGCACCGUUGAAGACCGCCUCUAUGUCAUAGGCGGGAACCACUUCCGGGGCAGCACCGACUAUGAUGAUGUCCUCGCCUGUGAGUACUACAACCCCAGGACGGAUCAGUGGACUGUGGUGGCGCCCAUGCCACGGGGUCAGAGCGAUGUCGGGGUGACGGUGUUUAAUAAGAAGAUUUAUGUGGUGGGAGGCUACUCCUGGAAUAGCAAGUGUAUGGUGGACAUUGUGCAGCGGUAUGAUCCUGAACAGGACGUGUGGGACAGGGUUUUCAAUGUUCUGGAGCCCCUGGGGGGGAUCCGCGCCUGUACAAUGACCGUGCACUUGCCCGAGGGGUCAGUGGACGACGCUCAGCUACAGGAAUGUCUGUUGCCUGGGGCAAAAAACUAAGAGGGAAGGGGUCAGCAAGUUUUGCAAAGAG